AUGGCAACUCUAAUUCCAAGAGCUGCACGCUCUGGGCUAUCAGAAGCGUCUUCAGUACAAUCAAGGCUAUUAAGAUCGAGUAUUUCCCGACCGACGGCCUCGCAAUGCCUUCAUAGACCAUUCUCCUCAACAUCGAGAUAUGCGGCGGCUCCAUAUGCCCGCAAGACCAACGAUGCGACGAAGUCUCCACCACCUCCACCUCCUGCACCGAAACCUGCUGCGAAGCCAGCGUCCAUAGAUGAUCAAUCGCCAAUCAAAGAUAUGAGCAGCGGCCUGGCAGAUGAGCCUCUCAUUCUCGACGAAGGGGUCAGACAGGUGGACUGGACUCGGUCGUUUCACGGACUGUCAAGCCAGCCUUUCUCAAAGGAGGCUGCGGAUGUGCUGCUCGCGCCUAUACCUUUCGAUGAUGUGGAAGUCAAACCAGAUGGGAUUAUAUAUUUGCCCGAGAUCAAGUACAGGAGGAUAUUGAACAGGUCGUUUGGACCAGGAGGCUGGGGUUUGGCACCAAGAGGGGAGACAAUUGUUACCCCAAAGAGCAUCACUAGAGAAUACGCACUCGUCGCACAUGGAAGGUUAGUAUCCGUAGCACGAGGCGAACAAGAUUACUUUUCCCCCGAGGGCAUUCCUACCGCCACCGAAGGCUGCAAGUCAAAUGCCCUGAUGCGAUGCUGCAAAGACCUAGGAGUAGCCAGCGAGCUAUGGGACCCCAGAUUUAUACGCAAGUUCAUGAAGGAUAAAGCGAAGCAGGUCUGGGUGGAGCAUGUGCCAUCCAAAAAGAAGAAGCAGAUGUGGUUGAGGAAGGACGACGAGGUCAGAUACCCAUACAAGGAGUCAAAGUUCGGCGCAUAG